GAGUGUCCCAGGGUGAUAAUCUUCGAAAACUCGUUGGUUGACUGCGGAUAUAGAUAUUUAGAAUUCAUGCAGGCACUCAAAAAGGAUCCGAGGAAAAUUAGUCUUGUUGAAGUAUUUCACUCCCAGAUACCAGACAGUAAACAGGAAGAAAUAGCGGCUGAUCUAAUGAAUAUCAAUGGGCGUAUCAAAUUCGUCAUAGCUACAAGUGCCUUAUCUAUGGGAUUUGAUGCAGCAGGGAUCCAAUACGUCAUCCAUUCGAAAAUGGCUCGUACGGCAGAGGAUUUCAUCCAGAUGAUUGGUCGGGCUGGGAGAAGUGCAAAUUUAAAGGCGAUAUGUAUUGUAUUUACGCACAACAAGACCAGGGAUAUGGACGGAGUGUGUCUCAUGUACCGCGACCAGAAUGGAACUUGCCUUGGCAAAUACUUUAAGUUCUCCAACGGCAUUUGA